AUGGUGUGGACACCUGUUGUGCUACGAGGGAAAUACAAACUGGUGCAUCACUCUUACUAUCUGCUGCCUUGCCUCUUCAACAAAUGGGUGCGGAGGCAUGUGGAAGACUUGUACAUGGACCUGCGGGAUGGCCACAACCUCAUCUCUCUCCUGGAGGUGCUGUCAGGAGAGACUCUGCCCAGAGAAAAAGGCCACAUGCGUUUCCACCGACUACAGAACUGUCAAAUAGCACUGGACUUCCUCAAGUAUAAGCAUAUCAAACUGGUGAACAUCAGGAACAUCGACAUCGCAGAUGGCAACCCCAAGCUGACCCUCGGCCUCAUUUGGACCAUCAUCCUCCACUUUCAGGUCAGAGGUCACAUAAAUAUGAUUAUAUGGAGAAGUCACAUCAAAGGUCACACAUACAUUUUGUGUCAGGUCAGGUCAGAGUGCACAGGGGCAUUUCUUUGGUCCUGGAAUGUAAGGUCAUAGGUCAUGCACUCACAUCUGCUGAAACUUGAAAGGGAUUCUUGCUUUACACAAUUACUGACACAUCCACACAACAACAGUCAUGUCAAAGAAAGGCACAUAAU